UUUCUUGCCUCGCAUUCUCUCGCGGUGUGUAUUCGACCAGCAUUCGCGCACAGAGUUAUCCUCAGCGAAGGCCAUGGCUGCAAUUGGUUCUCUAGUCUUCUGCACGGACUGUGGAAAUUUGCUACCUGCCACCAAAGGCACGGAGAAAAAUUUCCUCAAGUGCGAAUGCUGUGGCGCAUGGAACAAAGACACGGGGUCAAAGACGAUAUUGACGAAAUCGAAACCUUCCGAUUUUCCCUCAUUUCUCCGACAAAAGCUGCAGUCGAGCGUGCAGGCUGUAGAGCGCCACAACAUCCAGACCGAAAGCGUCGUGCAAGAGCGAUGCCCCAAGUGCGGUCGUGACGAAGUCAAGUACACGUCGGUGCAGCUGCGAAGUGCCGACGAAGGGUCUACCAUUAUUUUCACGUGUGAUUGCGGUCACUCGUACGUGUCCGUGGUGCAAAUACAUUGGACCACACUGCUAACGUCGGUGUAGAUGGAACGAGAACAACUGAGAGGGCUCUCAUCUAUGGAAUCUAUAUAAACGACCAUUCGCUCAGGCAGAGGCAGCGGCAGCCGCAGGGAUCAGGGCGUACUCUGCGUCACCACUCUUCUCGUACUCUGCCAUGUCCAGAGCAACAAUAACACUGUCGCGCACAACCUUCUCUUUAUCGUGAAGGAAGCUCUUCAGGGUAUCCUCAACGCCAUCCUCUUCACCGAGCCCGCCGAGAGCCUCAGCUGCCUCGUGCCGAACCAUGCUCGCCUCAUUCACGUUGCUGAGCGCUGCCGUGAGCGCGGGUAUUGAGGCUGGGUGCGACAGCUGGCCAAACACAAAGGCAAUUUCAUGACGGAACAGUGCAGACUCGUCCUUGAAGCCUUGGGCGAGCGCAAGGACCGCAGGAACAGCAGUUGGGCAGUCUGGCGGUGACGCCAGGUCGCGCAGGGCGAACAUGGCGCGAUAGCGCUUGAACAGAGGCUGUUCCACGUCCAUAAGUACCAUUUCAAGGUCGCCGACGCUCCUCUCGGAUUCGGGCAUGGGCGGCGCGGGAUCGAUGGAGGCAAAGUCGCUGAUAGCAUCUGUAUUAGCACAGUAUCACAGCCAACAAUCCACGG